AUGCAGCAUGACGCCAGUGGGGUAAAAUCACAUGACGAGACUGUCAAUGGCCCAAGGUGGAAGAAGAUGCAGGUCAGCAUAUGCAACAAUGGGGUGCUGAGCGCACUCGAGAAACACUCAGGUGGCAGGUGGGCAUCCUCUGACAUCUACCAGGAUCAAGCUCAGGGAUGGAAAGUUACCUUGCAUACAGAGAAGACAGAAUACAGAAAGCAAGGCCAGGUACAAUAUCCACACUCCACAGUACAUGCAUUUCAAGGCACCAAGGACUUUACCCUGCCUGUUUCCAAGGAGCUAAUGGAGAAAUUGGGAAUGUACUUAGUUUCUUUUGAUAGAUCUGAGUAUGGGGAAGGUGACCCGAAUCCCAAGAGGGAUGUCAAGAGCAAAGAACUGGAUAUCAAGGAGCUCGCUGACCAGCUGGAUCUUGGGCAGAAGUUAUAUGUCUUGGGGUCUAGAUGGGAGGAUACUCUAUUUGGGGAUGCCUCCAGUAAAGCACAUAGAUAG